UUCAUGAGGAGUGAGAUCAAGUGACGCGGUCUCUAUUCUCACCGCAUCAGCUCAUGCGGUGAGAAUUUAGACCGCAUCACUUGAUGCGGUCUCUAUUUUCACCCCACCAGCUCACCUGGUUUUCCGUUUCUCCUGAUAAACCGCAGCCAUAACACUUUCCUUAUAAUAAAAUAUUGUUCUUUGGCUUAGAAAGGGUGCAAUAGGAGACUUGUCAAAUAUUCCAUCCCCUAACCUUAGUCAACCAACACAUACCUAUAAUGUUGAUGUUUGUAGUGCUGAGUUGCUUAAAUUAGAAGUAGAAAACAGCUGUCCAAAUGCAACCUAAGAGUCCAAUACUUGAUUCUUGGGUAACACUGAGUUUUGUUUUCGACAGUCUCACGUCUUCGGUCUUGAACACAAAACAACUUGAGCAAACAGUCCUUCCAAGUCAAGAGUGAGACAAGCACUGUUGUUGCACCCAUACCAGAAGGGUUAGGUUCCCCAACGCCCAGGUCAUAACAUUUUGAAUGCUGGCGACGGUUGCACAUGUCAACAUGUUGAAAAGACUUGAACUUGUUCUUCGUCAUGAUUUUAAAGGUCUGCAAGAUCCAAAAGACUUAACAACCAACUUUGACAAGGAAUUUUGCAAAACGAACACAGUACACGGUAACACUCCAAAACUGUUGUUUGAACGAUGCCGACAAAACAGUAUGAGAAACUGCGUUUACGAAAACUCUCGCUCGAUUUAGAGAGGUCGACUGACACCUGCUCUCGAUCUCGGCUCGAGCCUUACCGCGCUUACGGCCUUGGAAUUUGAAAUGCACUGAAAACUAACAGAUCGCUAGGUUUUGACAAAUCAGUACACUCAAAGUUGGACUCGCUCUGGUGACCAGACGCGCGGUGCGCGAUGUCGUAGUCGUUAGAAAAGAGGAUCUUUCUCUCCGUGAAGUAGGGCCUCUCAUGUUCUCUCCCCCCCGCGCACUGCAAACCUGCAAACUGCAGUACCGGCAGUGACGUCACAUUGACAGGGCAUCCAACAAACUCAAGUAACGUGGUAACGCCCGUCUUAAUUCGCUUUUAAGAUAGAAGCAAGGCCAUUUUAUAAGUUCAACUAAAAGGAUCAAAGAAAAUAAAAAACAAACUAAAAGCUGCUUUAUUUGAUAACCAAAUAGCAAGUCUAAGAAUAAAACAAAACCGUCAAGGUAGAAGUUAGGUUGGCACUACACCCAUGUCACCAACCGCGCGAACGGCGGUUUUCAGGUCCAUUUGACGAGGCGAAGGCAUAACGAGCUGAGUUUUAGUUUCCGCAGUAAGUUGAAGAAAAGGAGAAUCAAAUUGUUUAUCCACCAAAUAGUUUAUUUGAUCCACAUUGAUAAUGGUAAGCAAAAUCUUAUAUUAAGCAGAAACACUUCUCAAACUUCAAAUACAGCUAUUUUGAAACAUGUACAAAGUCUCCAAUAGUUAUGGGCUGAAUCGAGCAAAGGCAUGGUUGUAUCUAAUUUAUCACUGUUAAAAAUUCACUAGGGUACAUUACUACUAGAUGAAGAAAUCCUUAACAUGAUACGAAAUUGGGAUGAUGAAUCUCUUUUAUCUGAGGGGGAGUUGCAAGAUUUGUGCUCCUUUUUAAAAUCACCUCAAGUUGGGGUGAAAAGUUUAGAGCAUUUGCAAUACAUACAGAUAAUGGACCUACCGUCCACUUUAAGCUUAGUCCAGAAGAGAAUGCUGUUAGCCUGCUUCCAAAACCAAGGUGAGAUUACUUUUAAUCUACUCAGUCUAACUCAUGAAAAUCAAAUUUUCUACAAGUCUAAAAAUAUUUCUUACAAUACAGGCAAAGAAAUUGAAAACAGACAGACCGAAGAUUGGACAGGUGGAGAAGAAACAGAGUCCUUUGUCUGUGGACACGAAUUCUAUGAUGAAUGGUACACAGAGCAUUAUUGUACAAGUUACACUGGGGGAUACCGAAAUUUGUAUUCAGUUAAAAAUAUUACUCCAGGAACACCUCCAGAUAGUGACACAAAUGUUCCAAAAAACAAUAAUUCACCUGAGUCAGAUUCACCUGUGUCAAACACAGACAAGUCACCACAGCAUUUCCCAGCUAAUGACAUUGAUAGAGAACAUGUUGAAGAACAUGAGACGUUUUUGAUGGAAGACAAAACCAGCGUCCUAGUUGUGAAGAUGAAGUCAGAUGGGGAUUGUCUGUUUGCUUCCAUUACCCACCAAGUUGGGAGCUUUUCUCCCCUAUACAGUUCUGGCCAUUGUGCAGAAAUCAUUGCUGCCAGAGAGGCAACGGUCAAAUACCUCCAAGAGAACUGGGAAAAUGAUGAGCUCCUGAAAGAUAACAUCAAAGACUCAAUGCAACAAUCACAGUUCGAUGACUAUUCAGGUCCAGAUGAAAAAGGCCAAGUUGAGGAAUACCUCAAUAAUUUAAGAGAAGGUAGAGAGUGGGGAGGCCUUGAAAGUCUUAAGGCGCUUGCCGAGCAUUACAAUGUUUCCAUCAGGGUGUUCGUAGAGGACCGACGAGCAUUUACUGUGACACCUAAUGCGUUCUCUGUUGAAGAAAAUGAAGGAACUCCAGAGAUCCUGGUGGCUUUCCGCAAAGCUGUAUUGAUUGAUGACUACUGGAACCAUUAUGACAGUGUGCUUCGGUAUCUGCCGAGUAACAAAGAAUCAAGUGACCAAAAGGAGUCAUCUCCUGUUAUGGAGCAGGACUCAUCUUCUGCCCUGGAGCCGGACACGGACAGCAAAUAUGCAGAGGUGAAGCAGUUCUUUACAGAUGCUAGUUGGAUGGCUCAUUCUGAAACAGAACGUGACAGGUUGAAAAAUAUCUAUGAAAGAUAUUUAGGAAUGCGUCAAAGGAAUUUUGAGCUCAAGAAACCUUAUUUUGUGAUUGAACAUGAAAAGAGAAAAGAAAAAGAGAAAAAGAAGGCUGAAAAAGCCGAGGCAAAUAACAUUAAACCAGAACCGGCUCAACCAACUAGAAGGAGCGCCAGAAACAUUCGCAAAGAUGAAAAGGCAGAUGAAGUGAAAACAAAGAAAGUGGUGGUGAAACCAACCGUGGAGAUGAAUAAUAGCGUGGAGAUGAAUAAUAGCGUGGAGAUGAAUAAUAGCGUGGAGAUGAAUAAUAGCAUAGCUAGCAGUCCUCCAAAAGCUUCUACCAAAAGGAAAUUUGUUAAAAGACUAAGGAAACCAAGACUCUUUGGGAGGAGGCUAGUCUACCCCACUCCAUUGCCUCCAUUUGGAACAGGAACACUGUUCCAGUUAAAUGAACCACCACAUACAAGAAAUAUUAGCCCAAUACUGAGUGAUUGCAAGCAUUUUAUUCGUAACUACCUUGGUGAUGACUACUUGGACAAGAGCGAGUAUGAUGCCUUUGCCAGGACAAUGGUCGAAAAAUAUCCAAUGCUCAAGACCGACAUAGGGGGCCAAAGUUGGUGGACCUUCAAAAAAUCUUUAAGUGCCUCAUUCAGAGAUGACAGAAAGAAAGCCAAAGCGGAGGAGGAGAAUGAGAAAAAGAAAAAACCACCAAAAAAGAUGAAAGUCAUGGAGUGCCAUGGCAUAAUUAAAGAAAGUGCACCACACUCAGAGAGAGAUGAAGAUGGCAAGAUGAAGGAACUGAGAGAGGCGAAGGAGAAGAAGCUGAUAGUUAAACUAUUAGUUGAAACGAAGGACAUUAGAAGAGCGAGUUACAGAACUCUAUCGAGGUCUGAGGUCACAAGAUUGUAUCCUCACUUGAAUGAUCCUGAUAUGAUGCUAUUUGAUUACCUGAGUGCCAACAACUUCAGUUUUGAAGAACUUGAAGAAAACGCCUUGAAGACACUUCACCUCAUUGGACAACAUUUCAAUGUGGAUGUGUCCACUGAAGAAGGAAAACUGCUGGCUCUUUUGGAGAUGCAUGAUUAUUUUUUAUCAGCAGCUGUAAAAAAAGGAGCAAAACCAGUUUUUACUAUUGUAGAUAAACCGUCUAAAAUGGAUUCUCUUCUCAGCUCACCCAUUCAAUCACCUUUUCUUGUGGUCCACAUUAAGGACAAUCCAUUCGUUCAUGACUGCAAAGAGUUGAAGGCAGCUGCUAUCGGAAUGGAAGGAAGAUUGCUCCUAACCAUAAAUAACAAACCAUCAGCAGUUAAAUGCAUGGCACUCUUGAUUGCUUCUUAUAUUGUUUUUGACCUUGAGUACCCAUAUGCUUAUAUGGAGUUUUUGAGAGCUCUUGAGAGGUUUGUCACUGGAUCCAAUGUCAAAUCUAAAUACGGUAACACAAAGAAGAAAUUUGAUGUAUUUAAUUCAAUGAUAAACAAUGUAAAAGGAAACAAUAAGAAAACAAAAAGGAAAAACAAAUAGCUCACCUACCUUUUCAUAAAUUAGAUUUUUUUUUUGCAAAUUGUCCAUGAGCAAACAAAGUCAUUAAGCCUUGUUAACAUAAAGGUCAUUAUUUCUAAUCUUUUAUUAUUCUGGAAGGAAAGAAAAAUAUAUCAUAUAAAAACAUUGUUAUAUUCUGGUUUAGUCUAGACAAGAAGUAAAUAAAUUGUCUACCUUAAUUCUGUUUACCUUUUACUUGUGCCAUUUGCAGAUUUGUAGAGAAUAAACUGCAAUUAGUUCCUAUCUGCGAGCUCUCUUCUUUGAUUUGGGCAUGUUGUUGGCUGAGUCCUGAAAAGUAAACAAAAUUUUGUUAAAUAUUGACAGUGUGGUACUGAUUUAAGUUGCAUAAUAAACUGAUGAAAAAAUUUACCUCCAAAGUCCAACUUUCCAAUGCAGAAUAAGGAACUUUA